CCCGCCUCCCGGCGCCCGCGGCCCGGCGGAAAGACCGGAGGCGCUCCGAGUCCCGGGAGGUGGACUUGGCACCCCCGGCCCCGCGGCCCGGGCGCCCCCUCCCGCCCCUUUCGGCAUGGAGUCCGCGGGGCGCGCGCAGGCGGCGCGGGACCGCGUCCCCAGGAUCGAUCCGUACGGGUUUGAAAGGCCUGAGGACUUUGAUUAUGCAGCUUAUGAAGAAUUUUUUUCCACCUAUCUGGCGAUACUCACCAGAAGGGCCAUAAAAUGGUCCAGACUUCUAAAGGGAGGCGCUGGUGUCCAGAAGAGUAUGACACUGAAGCGCUACAUCCGGAAGGGCGUCCCGCUGGAGCACCGGGCCCGCGUCUGGAUGGGGGUGAGCGGAGCCCAGGCCCAGAUGGACCAGAACCCCGGCUACUACCUCCAUCUCCUCCAGGGAGAGAAGGAUGACAGCCUGGAGGAGGCCAUCAGGACAGACAUGAACAGGACCUUCCCUGACAACGUGCGAUUCCGGAAGGGCUCGGACCCCUGCUUGCAGAGGACCCUGUACAACGUGCUGCUGGCCUACGGGCACCACAACCGUGGUGUGGGCUACUGCCAGGGAAUGAACUUUCUAGCGGGGUAUCUGAUUCUGGUGACAAGGAGUGAAGAGGAGUCCUUUUGGCUGUUGGACGCCCUUGUUGGCAGAAUACUCCCGGAUUACUACAGCCCCUCGAUGCUGGGCCUGAAGACGGACCAGGAGGUCCUCGGGGAGCUGGUAAGGACCAAGCUGCCGGCGGUGGCGGCCCUGAUGGACAGUCACGGCCUGCUGUGGACCCUGGUCGUGUCGCGCUGGUUCAUCUGCCUGUUUGUGGACGUCCUGCCCGUGGAGACCGUGCUUCGCAUCUGGGAUUGUCUGUUCAACGAGGGCUCCAAGAUCAUCUUCCGGGUGGCGCUGACCCUCAUCAAGCAACAUCAGGCCUUGAUCUUGGAAGCCACCAGCAUCCCCGACAUCUGUGAGAAGUUCAAGGAGAUCACCAGAGGGAGCUUCGUGACCGAAUGCCACACUUUCAUGCAGAAAAUCUUCUCGGAGCCUGGGAGCCUGUCCAGGGCCAGCAUCGCCAGGCUGAGGGAGCGUUGCCGGGCCCGGCUGCUGGCGCAGGGCUGACCAGCCUUCAGGGCAUCGGGCCGCCACCCUCCACACUCCAGCCGGGAGCAAUUUGUCAUUCUGUAACGUAGCUCUUCAAGUCUAGCUCUUUGUGUUUCUAAAUAUAUAUUUUUACCUGAGACACUGA